CCUGGAUCCAACCCCGAUUUUCCCCAGCAGAAGCAAACCCGAGCAAAUUGAGCGCUUGCAGCUUCACCCGGCGAAGCAGAAUCGAAUCGGAGCCGCUCGCCACUCCGCGAUGGGGAUCCUCCUCCGGUCCCUCCUCGUCGCCUCGCUCGUCCUCAGUUCGCUCGUCUUGCACGUCGCAGCGGCUAAAACUAUAGAUCCUUACAAGGUUCUAGGAGUUGACAAGAAUGCUAGCCAACGGGAUAUUCAGAAAGCCUUUCACAAACUUUCUCUAAAAUACCACCCUGACAAGAAUAAAGGGAAGGGCGCACAGGAAAAAUUUGAAGAAAUAAACAAUGCAUAUGAGAUUCUAUCUGAUGAAGAGAAGAGGAAAAACUAUGACCUCUACGGGGAUGAGAAGGGUAACCCUGAAUUUGGUGGUGGAAAUUUUGGAAAUCAUGGGGGUUCUACAUACUUCACUGGUGGUGGCCCUAAGUCCAGUCAAUUCACAUCUGGUAAUGGAUGGCAGACGAUGGGUGGUCAAGGAAAUACAAAAACGUUUUCAUUUUCAUUUGGUGGUAAACCUGGGGCCAGUGGUGGAAACCCGUUUGGUGGUGGUUUUGAUCUUGGUGAUGUUUUCUCGAACCUUUUUGGUGGUGGACCAAUGGGUGAUAGCCAUAUUGGUGGAUCAAGUGGCUCAGCUAGAGCCAACACUGGAACUUCUGGUCAGCAUUCUGGCACUACCAAGAUUGAGGAUAUCACCACACAAGUUUUCAAUAAAGAAGUAGCUGAUCAAGGAACUACUUGGCUUCUGUUAUUUUAUACUCCCCAAUCUAAAAGUCAGUUUGUGCUAGAGAGUGUCAUGCAAGACGUGGUCCAUUCACUAGAUGGUGUUCUUAGGGCUGGUAAGAUCAACUGUGACAAUGAAAAAUCUCUUUGCAAAAGGUCUGGUGUUUCAAUAGGGAAAUCGGCCCGUCUCUUCAUCUAUUCAUAUGCUACUGCAGAGAAAGGGUCUUUGCACGAGUAUUCUGGGGAACAUGAUGCUAAGAGCUUGAAGACAUUUUGUCAAGAACACCUGCCAAGAUUCUCCAAACGGGUAGAUAUUAGCCAAUUCAGCUUCCCUUUAAAUGUUCUACCAAACCUUCCUCAAGUGCUCUUACUAUCGAGUAAGAAGGACACACCAGCAAUGUGGCGUGCUAUCAGUGGGAUGUUCCGCAAUCGGAUAAUCUUUUAUGAUGCUGAGGUUCACGAUGUUUCUCAUCCUCUGCUGAAAAGUCUUGGCGUGAAGAAUCUCCCAGCUGUAAUUGGCCGAACCGUGAAUGGUGAGGAGCUCCUUCUGAAGGAUGGCAUUUCGGUGAAAGAUCUCAGAUCUGGUGUCAAGGAAUUGAAGACACUGCUAGAUAGUUUUGAGAAGAAGAAUAAGAAGUUAUUAUCGAAUCUAGCUAAUAAGAAACCUUCCGGUCAAUGGGAAGAAAUCAAGAAGAUUCCUCUCCUCACAGCUUCCAACUUUGAGGAAACAUGUGGAGAGAAGACUUCAGUAUGCAUCAUUGGUGUUUUCGGGUCAAACAAAGCCAAGGGGCAGCUUGAAGCAGUCCUGUCUGAGAUAUCUAUGAAGACUUUGAUAAGGGGGCAGAACUAUAAUUCCAGAAAUGCUGUCUCCUAUGCUUUGCUGGAUAAGGACAAACAAUCUGGAUUCCUGUCAUCGUUUGACAAGUCUGGAUACAGGUCAUCUGACAAGCUGCUCAUCGCCUACAAGCCCCGCCGGGGGAAGUUCGCGGUGUACGACGGCGAGGUGACACUGGAAGAAGCUGAAAGGUUCGUGGGAUCCGUUUUGAACGGAGACGUUCAACUGUCGCCGACGAAACAAAAACCUGUCCUUCGGUAGACGAUUAUUGCAAGUUGCAAGGGUUUUAGAUCUAACACUUAUUAUCUUAAUUAAGGCCUUAAUUAAGGCUUGUACAUAGAUGGACGAAGAGAGUAAAAUCAUAGAGCGUUUGCUGGACAGUUUAGUCGUUCGGUAAACCAGAGUUGCUACAUCUCUCCCUCAACCGUGCCAAUGUAAAUUGUGCAAAUGCUGCAGUCCUGUCGAGAUAUUGAAUAUAUACAGGCAUACAGCGGACCAUUUCUAU